GAGACUCGUUAGGUUUGCCAAACUAACCAGCCCCAGGGGCCUUUUGGGAUUAAAAAACCUAAAGCCCUCUUCUUUCUCUCUCUUCCUUUUCUUUUUCAAAAUAAUGAAAAUGCCUAGUUCGUCUUCUAAAAGAUCAAGCGGUCCAGUUCUGAGAUCAUUGUCACCGUCCGGUAGAUUCUGCACAUCGAAUACAGCAAACUCUUACCUUUCAUCUUCGUCGUCGUCUUUUGCUUCUUCAACGAGUUCGAGCUUUUCUUCUGCUUCGUCGACCUUCUUUCACCAACACUACGACGAUCAUCACCAUCAUCAUAGUCAUCACAGAUCCGCAUCUCCUACGCGUGUGAAUCUCUACACAAAUGCUUCUCUUUCUUCGUCCGCUGUUCGUUUUUCAAUUGACAGAUCUAUUUCUCCUAACAGAUCGUUUUCUGUUACGAAGAAAAACAAUACAAUUUCCUUCCAGAAAAGAACUUGUAUGUGUUCGCCUACGACGCACCCUGGCUCGUUCCGCUGUAGUCUACAUAAGAACACUGGCGUCAACCACCAUAGUCACGGUAACGGAUCUAUUUCUUAUGCGCCGAAUGGUUUGAAUAUGAGAAGAUCGGCGAUGACUAACUCGUUGGUUAGGAUCGGUGGUGUGGAAGGAGAGUUGGUGAAGAGAUCGUUGAGAAGUUUGAUUCGACCUUGUUCGCAUCAUCAGAAGAGACGUGAGGCGUUCCAGUCGAGGCCGAGUCGGCUUUCGAUCAUGUCCAAAGCUGACGACCUUUGAUUUUCAUCACAGCGUUGAGGUGUCCGUUAACCGUAUUCUUUCACGUUGACGGUGUCGACCGCCGUUUCCGAUUAGCUGUGCUGUUACUCUUCCAGUUGGUAUGGCCAUCUUCCUUCAACAAGUUGCUUUGUCCGUGGUGGGAGGUGCUAAUGUGGGAGAUUAUGGGCUUUGAAAAUUUCUUUGUGUGGAGUUGAAAAUAAAAUAUAUUAUUAAUUACUAUAUUGCCACCACCUUAAACACGAGCGGAGAUUAUGGAUUUUUCAAGUGGACUUGGACGAUGAAUGAUAUCAUUCCGGACCUACUUUGAGACUAUUCCAAGGAA